AUAUAUACACUAAAAACGUGAGAGAUCAAAUGUUUAUCGAUCAUCCAAGCAAGAUAGAUAGCACUCUUCCGUAUCAAAGCGUAUUCUUCACUCUGGACGGUAACAUAUCAUCAAUUUCAGGCAUCUGACAUCUGAUCGCUAUCAAAAUCAUGAUCACAACGCAGCAAAGAAGUCCUGGGGGUUUACAGAGCCCUAGAUCCCCUUCUUCACAACCUCCCUUUCUAUCGGUAUCCGUCACUGAUCCUGCUAAAAUGGGCAACGGUGUUCAAGCUUAUAUCUCCUAUAAAGUCAUCACUAAGACAAAUUUACCAGAAUAUCAGGGCUCCGAAAAGAUUGUCAUUCGACGUUAUACUGAUUUUGUUUGGUUGCGUGAUCGUCUCUUUGACAAGUAUAAAGGUGUCUUCAUUCCUCCGCUCCCCGAGAAGAGCACUGUAGAGAAAUUUAGAUUCAGUGCUGAGUUCAUUGAAAUGAGACGUCAAGCAUUGGAUACAUUUGUCAAUAGGAUUGCGUUACAUCAUGAACUCCAACAAAGUGAGGACCUCAGAACCUUUUUGGAGGCUGAUGAACAGACAAUGGAAAGAGCAAGGUCGCAAGAUACUGGAAUCUUCAAGAAGAAACCAUCUGAUUUAAUGCAGAUUUUCUGGGGUGUUCAAUCUAAAGUUACCGAUGUAGUUCUUGGGAAAGAAAAACCAGUGGAAGAAUCAAAUCCAGAAUACGAGAAAUUUAAAAACUAUAUAUUCGAGCUUGAAGAUCACCUAGCCGAAGCCCAAAAACACGCGUAUCGUCUAGUAAAGCGACAUAGAGAAUUGGGGCAAUCGCUAGCAGAUUUCGGUAAGGCAAUUAAGCUUCUCGGUGCAUGUGAAGGAGAUGCUCUUGGGACUGCGUUUUCUGAAGUUGGAGCAAAAUCAGAGAUGCUAUCUAUCAAACUGCAACGAGAAGCCCAACAUCUCUUAAUGAAUUUUGAAGAACCUUUGAAAGACUAUGUGCGUUCUGUGCAAUCAAUCAAGGGUACGAUAGCAGAGAGGGCAAAUGCGUUUAAGCAGCAGUGUGAAUUGGCUGAAACCAUAAAGCUAAAGGAAAUUGAUCUCAACAAAAUGAGGCUAAUUCGAUCUGAGAAGUUGUACGAUGCAGAACGUGAAUAUGAGGAGCUAAAAGGAAAUAGUCUGGAAGCAACCAGGAGAUUUGAGACGAUUGUACGGUUAAUGAGUGAAGAGAUUGUGCGUUUUCAAGAGCAAAAGACACAAGACAUGGGUCGGGCUUUUCAUGAAUUUGCAAAGGGCCAAGCCCGUUUAGCCAAUGCUAUUGCUGAUGCUUGGCGAAGUCUUCUUCCAAAACUUGAGUCUCUCUCUGUCUCAUAACAUGUUUCAUUUCUCCAGAGUACUCGUUAUGUUUUCGUUUGUUUGUAUCUUAAUACACAACCCGUUUGAAGUUGUAAGUCGUGUAUUUCUGCCUAACAAACAUAAGGAACAUUUUAUUUCUUUAUUUUCCGCCACAUUUUUUUUGAAUUUAUAUUGUUUAUGUUCUAUAUACAUACCAGAAUAAACAUUUGAGUUUA